AAUCUAAGGACGCGACGCUAAUUAUCACGCUAUUUGCGAGCGGUCAUCAUUGUAAAGACGCUGUUAUUUUCUCUGGUUUUGACGUUCAUAUUUUAAGAAAAAUGGGUGCUAUCUUAAAUUCUGUCUGCCCUGCUGUCGAGCAAUCAGCUACUGGAUGGGAGCCAUUGCCAGAUUUGAAGGCUUACUAUAAGAACAGGGUAUUUAAUUUCCACGUAUGCCUCUGGUCCCUGUUCAUCAUGAUGCUAACAUUCACUUUCAUGAACAUGCUUCAACUCUUAUGGAAGAAAUAUCGGGAAAUGGAGGAGGAAAAUCAAUUCUACUGGUGCCACUACUUCACAAACGUGGUAUUCACAGUAACCAUCGGACCACUUGCAUUACUAGCCAUUCUGAAAGAUGACUACAUCUCAUCUGAUAUCAUACACAACUCUACAUUCUUCUCCAUGUUCCUCCUCAGCAUUGGGAUAGGCUAUGUGGUGUACGAUAUCAUUGUUCAAGUGAUCCUCUGUAUAUUUACAAACGACUGCAACCUCACUUGCUUAUUCUUUGAUAUAACUAAUGGCAUCGUCUUCAUUCAGAUGAUCUGUUACGGUUAUGGACACUUUCUUGGUUGUGUCCUCCUUCUCUUACACUGCACUUUGGGAUUCGAUGGGCUGGCAUACAUGUCGGAAGAUUUUACAUUCGAAUACAGCAAACAGUAUCGUGAGUUUGUGUCGACUUUCUAUCAGCCGUCAAUAUAUUUGAAUAUAUACAGUCCUUUGAUGGGAGGCUAUUGUCUGGUGGUCACUUUUCAGCAGUGGAGCAUUAUCUCUCAAAAUAUAUGUCCCCUGUUGAUUUUCAUUUAUGCUUUAGUCCUGAUCGAAAAAUUUAUAAAGCCUAUGAUCUAUGCACGUGUCAAUAUUGAAAAAUUUGUGAAGGCUUUAUAUCGAGAAAGGAACCAAAGUUCUUUGUCAUGGGUUCCUAGAGACUAAUGAUAAGAAAAAGAUGAAAAAUGGUCAAAGAAGACCAUCUUAAUUGUACUAUAAAUGACCAUUCUUCUUCAACCCUUUCUUCUGUAUUCCUACUCAAUCAUCUUCUCAAUAUUGGAAACUAAUAAUAAAUAACUAUUAUAUCAUUAAAAAUUAGCACUAUCUAGCAGACUAACAUAUAUACACACAUAAACAUUAUGGUUAUUAUUCUGUGUAGUAUUAUUAUCAUUAGUUCAUCAUUUUCUUAGUCUUAGA